AGUUGUCUUUCUUUUUCUCUAGCUACUGACGCAGGGCCAACUUUGUCCCAAAGAAUGUAGCAGGCAGUUAGUGUGAGACGGGGAUAUGUGAGCUUCAGUUUGACAGGACACUAUGGGUGUGUUCAAGUACUCCCCCGUGGACUUCCUCUUCAUUUGUUUGGGUCUGGUGUUCCUGCUGCUCGACAUAGCGUUGGACAUAUAUGCCGUCGUGUCCUUCUACCAGGAAAAAGACUACGCCAACCUCGGCAUCCUGCUGCUGCUUCUCCUGGGCUCGUCCGUCCUCGUCCAGGCCUUCAGCUGGCUGUGGUACAGCUACGAGGACUUCCAGAGGCAGACCAAGGUGGAGAAAUGCCUGAGCCAGUGCCAGCUCAAGUUCCUUCAUGUGCUGCAGCUGGGAAUCUACUUCAGGCACGCUGGCGUGGUGGAGAUCUCCUUGUGCAGCUCCUACUCACAGAUCCAGGACCCUGAGGGCUUCGCCGUGUACCUGAGCCACGACCUGAGCAUGCUGCGGCUCAUAGAGACGUUUUCGGAGAGCGCCCCCCAGCUCGUCCUCAUGCUCACCAUCAUCCUGCAGCGCGGCGAGCUCGACCCCGUCACAGUGUUGAAGGCCCUCGGGUCGGCCUCGGCCAUCGCCUUCAGCGUGACCAUGUACCACCGCUCCCUGCGCUCCUUCCUGCCCGACAAGGAGAAGCAGCAGAUUAUCUCAUCGCUGGUCUACUUCCUGUGGAACCUGCUCCUCAUCUCGUCGCGCCUCGCCGCCCUCGCCCUCUUCGCCUCCGUGCUGCCCUGCUUCAUCUUCGCCCACUUCUUCUGCUCCUGGAUGUUCUUGUUCUUCUGCGUGUGGCGAUCCAAGACGGACUUCAUGGAAAGCCUCUGCGGGGAGUGGCUCUACCGAGCCACCGUGGGCCUCAUUUGGUACUUCGACUGGUUCAACGUGGUGGAGGGGAAGACGAGGUACCGGACCCUGCUGUAUCACGCCUACAUGCUGGUUGAUAUUUCCCUCCUCUGCGGUCUGUGGUGCUGGAAGAUGAGCACAGAACCGCCUUAUUUUGAAAUUCCACCCUUGUAUGCCGUUAUCAUCGCUGUCAGCGUUGUUGCAGUUUACAUUAUCGGCCUCUUUUUUAAAAUGAUAUACUACAAGUGCUACCAUCCAAACCUGGCCAGGGAGGAGCUGAAAGGAGAAGUCACUCAACAGGGACAGGGACCUACUAGGAUUUAUGCAUGGUCUGGUGAUGAAACAGAUUUUCCUAUGUCCCAAGCCAGUAACGGGGUCCCAGAUGUUCAAACCGACAGCUACUGUGAGUCCAUAGAGCUGAGGGAGGACAUAGACAUAGACGUUCAUGAUCGCAGUGGGCCUAGCGCUCCAGCAUCAGACACUAAACGUUGCAAUAAAAGAAUGAGGAAGUUGGCUGAGAACUUCUACUCCUGACCUGCAUCACUUGACAUCCACACCAAGGGUAGACCGAGUCACGCUGACUCGACCAGCCCGAUAAGUCCAGAUCAUGGGGCUUUGUGGGAUAGAAGGACAGGGGCCUGCUCCGUAAGGAACAACAGAUUCAGCUGUAUAACAGCUGUAUUCUGCUGUAGACAACGUCUUCACUUUAUUAACUGGUGCUGCUGUGGACCGAAGCCUUUAAGAUGCCAAUCAUUAUUUUAUUUUUCAUUUUAAAGGAUAGGUUCACAUGUAUAUAUUAAUAGUUUGUUGCUGCUGUAACUGUUCCUCCUGCUUAUAAUGCCUGUGAUGGGAUUCUUAUUUAAAAAAAAAUCAAUCUUUUCACUACAUCUACUUAUCUAACGAUAUAUGGACACGACCUUGAUCUUUUCUAUGAUAUCUACUUAUCAUACAAUAUAUGGACAUGGCCUGAUCAUAUUUACGUAACCAUUUUCUGAUAUUUUUGAUUGUUUGCCUUUAUUUGAUUUGUUUAUUUAUUUAGAAUAUUUUAAUAUAUAUUUCACAUUGCUAUACCAAUAAAAUGGUACAUUUUACAAAUGAGUCUCCUUUUACUAUAAACGGAAAAAUGUACAUUAUGUUAUAAAAGAAAUAUUGUUUCAGUACCAUUUAAAAAAAACAAAAAACUUGAAAUGGUUUCAAGUCCUUCGGAUUUUACUGAAAUAAAACCUAAUUUCUGAUACUAUUUAUGGUCACGAUUUUUCUAAAACCGAAACUCAGUGUAUUUACAUUCAGUAUUUACCUCUAAAUGUAGACACACUAGAUUUAUAUAGCCUCUCAUUCAUAGCUCAUCUUUUUUUGUAUUUUAUUCUCCAUUUGUUCCUCCCCUGAGGCUCAGCUAAGAAACACUGAACAGGGAAACUGAACGAGUUUUGUACUAAACUGAUAGAUGAGAAUUGACUACAUUUAAAUGCAUUGGCAGGGGAUGCCUUUGGCCUUUGUGGCUCUUCCAGUUUAGCAAUAUUUCUUGUAAACGACAUGGUUUGAAUUGAAAUGUUUCAAAUAGUAUAUUUAUACUAGAUGUUUGUUAAUAUUAUGUAAAAAAUAAAUAAUUCACAGUAACAAAUAAUAAACACAUA